AUGAACCAAAAUUUGAUAUUUGCAUUCCUUUUAUUGGCUGCACUUACCAUGGUCAAUGCCGUUCCAUAUCAACUUCUUAAAAGAGGGAAAGACAUAUAUUUGUCAUGUUCACCAAAUCCCGACAGAUCUUACAUCUAUGCAAACCUUAAGCCUUUCCCUCCUGUUUCUAAUCAAUCCGAUGAUUAUACAGUUGAAGGAGCAAUGUUGGAUUAUGAAAUCACUCCUAAUAAAACCGAAAUUAUAAUUGUGUAUACUGAUCCGAACCAUUAUACCAUAGGUGAUAUUUAUUUUAAGGUUUUGGAUUUUUAUUAUGCGAGCGCAGCUCCAUUUUCAAUUGAUGUACCAGAUGUUCCGACACCACAACUUCCUAGUGCAUACUCGAUUUCAGUAUUAAUUGCAGAUAAAACCAAUGAUCCAUAUAAUCCAGAAAUCCAUGCCUGUGCAUAUGCCAAUUUUGGUUUCUGA